CGCCGCUUCCUCGAGGCCCGUGACUCAGCGCCACCUCCCAGCCACCGUGGUCGCGCCGCGCACCCACGGACACAACACAGACGCUCUCUGCAGUACCGCGCGGUGGAUGGAGGCGGCCCGGGGCGGAGUAAGCAGACUGCGGACGCGGACGCAGACGGGCGCCUAGCCAGUGAACAUGCUGAUCACGACGAACGCGCUCGCGCCGCCGGCCAACUGCAGCGACCUGAGUAGCCUGUGCUGCCUGCCGAGCCGCGCCGCGCCCUCCUGGGGCAAGAUGGACCUGCCAGGGGUGCCACCGCCGCUCACCAGCUCCGCCGCUGUCGCCAUGUUGCCCAGCCUGCCUUGCUCGCCCGCAGUCUCUUCGCCGACGCCGACCGUGGGCGUGGUGUCGUCGCCGCCCAUGUCGUCACCCGGGGGCGGCGGAGGCGGCGCCGGGGGCGGCGCGGCUUCGGCGGGCCCGCAGCAGCUGCGCGAGCUGUACGCCGCGGCCGCUGCCGCCGCAGCCGCCGCCUCGGCCGCUGCCUCCGCCUCCGCCUCGUCGGCGCCGGGCGCGGGAGCGGCGCCGCCCCCCGGCUCAGCGGCGCACCACCCGCUGGCGUCACUCGUGUCGCAGCAGCGCCUGCUCGAGCUGUCGCGCCUCGGUCUGCGCCACUACGACCUCGCCUCGCACGUCCUCUCCCAGCAGGGCGCCGUCUCCAAGCUGCUCGGAACUCUUAGGCCGCCAGGCCUUAUUGGAGGCAGCAAACCUAAGGUGGCCACCCCAGCAGUCGUCUCCAAGAUAGAGCAAUACAAAAGGGAGAACCCCACCAUCUUCGCCUGGGAGAUUCGCGAAAGGCUCAUAUCUGAAGGCGUGUGCACGAACGCGACGGCGCCCAGCGUGAGCAGCAUCAACCGCAUCCUGCGCAACCGCGCGGCCGAGCGCGCCGCCGCCGAGUUCGCGCGCGCCGCGGGCUACGGGCUGUACCCGGGGGCGGCGGCGGCGGCUGCGGCCAGCGGCCACUCGCCCGCGGGCUACGCCUUCCCCUGGGGGCCGCAGCUGUGGGCCGCCGCGCCGCUGGGGCUGGGCCUGUCGGCCGCCGCCGCCGCCGCUGCCGCCGCCGCGCAGGCGCACCACGGGCAGCCGCCCGGCGCCCAGCCGCAGGCGCCGGGGCAGGCCGCCGCCCCCCACGACGCCGCCGACCUCAUCGUGCCGCGACUCAUAGAUGUCGACGGCAGCGCCAGCGGAGGAGUCUGCAAGGACGACUCGAGCAGCCUGGAUGGUUCCGACCAGCCCAAGUUCCGGCGCAACAGGACCACGUUCAGCCCCGACCAGCUGGAGGAGCUGGAGAAAGAGUUCGAGAAGAGCCACUACCCCUGCGUCAGCACGCGGGAGCGCCUCGCCUCCAAGACCAGCCUGUCGGAAGCCAGAGUGCAGGUUUGGUUUUCCAACAGACGAGCCAAGUGGAGGCGCCACCAGCGCAUGAGCCUCCUAAAGCGGGCGUCGCCGGGGGGCCCGACCUCCUACUGCAGCACGCACCAGCUGCAGAUGGGCGGCGAAAACAGCGCUUUUAGGGCGCUGCCGGCCAGGGGCUGCGGUCUUGCCGCGCCUCCACCGCAGCCGCAGCCGCCCCUGCAGCGGACGCCGUCGCCUCGCGACUGCCACUACGCCUCGUCCGACUCCGAGGAGAUCAACGUCAACGACGACUCGGACGACGAGGACUUCCGAAGGGAGCGGCUGCGCCCGGAGGGAGCGGCGUUGGUCAACGGCCGCGGGGAGGCGGCGACGGUCGCGGGGGCGGAGGUGGAGGCGGCGAGGGACGCGUGGGAGGCGGCGGGGCAGCAGCCCCUGCAGCUCACCAAGCACGACCGCGAUCGCAUCUAG